GAUAUGGUAAAUUUACUUUUGGGACAAAAAGUCUCAUCUUGCAUACGACGUGGUCCUAUAAGUCAUACGGCACUUUGUGGCAUAACCCGAUACGCAAUCACUUGUACUUCUUAUCAUCAUUAUUAUAUCCCUACCAGUGCGAGGCUUAAAUCUGAGCAUCAUCGUCACCUAAAGAAUACCUAUUUAUUCACACAAUUACAAUCAAGGUAUCUAUUCAGUCGCUCAGGCGGAGGUAGUAGUAGUAGUGGUGGUGGUGGUGUUAAAGAUCUAUUUAUAGCAAUUUCCUUAGGCAGCCUAUUGCUUGGCGGUUGCUUAACUUUUCGCUGGUAUGUAAAUCGAAUAUCUACCUACAGAUCUAUUGAAAAGAAUGAUCAAAAUAAAUCAGGGCUGAAACCUGACAAACAUUCAGCGACGCCGGACACUCAAUCAAUUCAACAUGAAACUAAAGAUUCAAAUGAUCGUUCACCUGCUAUUGUAGAGCAACAGCCGUUGGAUGAUUUGGAUUCUGUCGAUUCUCAGGCUACUAAAUCUCAAAAAGAUACAACAAAAGUUACAAAUUCAGAAUUUCAUGAUGAAAUACCGGACUCACUUGUGUACAUUAAACCAGAGGAUAGAGUAUUCCCCACACAUGUACCGUACAUUAUUGUUGGCGCUGGAGCGGCAGGAAUGUCAGCAGCCCGUUCAAUACGAGCUUCAGACUCAACAUCUAGAAUCCUGUUAAUUUCUGGCGGUAAAGGACCAAGUCCCAUAGCAGAACCAGGUAUUGAAGAAACCUUAUUUGUUGAGCCACCACCUUACUUGAGACCACCUUUAAGUAAAGAAUUAUGGAAUCGAAAUAUUGAUAAAGAGAAAAAGUUACUUCGCAGCGAUGGAGAUAUUCGUCGACACUCAUGGCUAUACUACGAACCAGAUAGCUUUUUUUUGGAACCAGAAGAUCUGAAUUCUGUGCAAUAUGGUGGAAUAGCAUUAAUGCGAGGUGAUCCUGUAGUGCGUCUAGAUCCUGAUAAACAUACCAUUUUUCUAGCAUCUGGUAGACGGAUAACCUAUGAUCGUUGUCUUUUAGCUACAGGUGGUUCCCCUAGACGUUAUAAACAUUUAGAAACAUGUAGUAAGACCGGUGUAAAUCUAACUGAUACUGGACAUGUUUCUUACUUCCGUAAUAUAGCAGAUUAUAGAAAUCUUCGUGACCUCGCUGACAGACUUCGUCAAACUAGUGGUGGUAAAAUAGCUGUGAUUGGUGGUGGUUUUCUCGGAAGUGAAUUAUCCGUUAGUUUAUUAAAGCAACCAGAUUCUACGGACAACAAGAAUGAUACUUCCGAUUCAGAAAGUAAAUCAAAUCUGUCUGUAAUGCAUGCAUUUCGUGAAACAGUUCCAAUGGGUAGUGUAUUGCCACCAUGUUUAGCUUCAGCUGUUGGACGUUUUGAAUCAAGUAAAGGUGUUGAAUUGUGGAGUUCAUCAGAUGUUGUCAGUUUAUCACUUAUUCCUAAUACAACUGUUAAUACUACUACUAUCGAAAGAGAACAGCAGAAGCAUUUACCGUCGGAAAAUUCUGAGCGUAUUCGCUUACGUAUCAGACGUACCGUGUCUGGAAUUGAAACAGUAGAAGAAGUAGACGUUGAUCAUGUUGUUUGUGCUAUUGGCAUAGAACCAAACACAGAACUUUCUUCAGAUGCAUCUCUUGAAGUAGAUCCUAUUAAUGGUGGAUUUUUAGUGAAUGCUGAAUUGGAAGCAAGACAAGGUGUUUACGUGGCAGGUGAUGCAGCGUCUUAUUGGGAUCCAGUUGUUGGUUGUCGACGACGUGUCGAACAUUUGAAUUUCGCCGAAGAAACUGGGUCAUUGGCUGGAAAAAAUAUGGCCGCUUCAUUAUCAUCUGGAAAUAAGACAUCUUUAUCUACAACAACAUCAUCGUCACACUAUCAACACCAAUCAUCUGUAUGGUCUACACUUGGUACAGAAAUAUCAUGGGAUGCAGUUGGAUUGAUUGACUCACGCUCACUUUUAACACGUGCCUUCUUCGCUUCUUCUUCUACUACCGGUGACAAUGAUGAUAAUGAAACUGAUCAUAAGUCAUCUAAGGAUAAGAAUUCUUCUACCAAAUCUUUUCUCAAUAUACCUGAUUCUAGUAUAGGUAGACUUACUAAAGGUGUAGUUUUUUAUCUGAAUCCUAAAGAUAAAAGAUUAGUUGGCAUUCUACUAUGGAAUAUGCCUGAUGAAAUUUAUGUAGAUAAAGAAUAUCCAGCACCUAGUCGGUUGAAUUUAGCUCGUAGUUUAUUAGCUCAAAAACUUAUCAUUGAUCUUGACAAUUCUACAGAAAACACCAUGGAAAAAGGCUCAAAAAGUAAUAAUUUACUUCAUCUAGCCAGUCAAUUUGAUGUUUAUGGUGAAAUUGCCGAGGACUAUGCACAUUUACAAGAAUACAUGAAAAAGAAGAGACUCGAUGAAAAUAAUAGUGAUUUAAAUGAUGCCACUAAUAAUAAUAAUGAUGAUGAUGAUAAUUCCACAUCUAUUUCUGUAGAUAAUAAACCUUUAAAUGAGUAGUAUUUUCAAACAAUAACAAUUACUCAUGUACAUAUAGAUUUUUGUAGUAUUUAAAUAUGAGCAUUCAGUGAAGGAAAAAAACACUCACCGUUUUGUUUUUGCUAUUUCUACUUUCAUAUGGAUUAUGUAGAGAGUUAAUCAAAUGGAAAUUGAAUAAAUAAACGUUCUUCGAGAUCCUGUUUCGUUUUUUUGUUUACUGUUUGUUGUUGUGUUGUAUCU